AUGGACCAGCGAAUCCGUCUAUUCCAUUAUCCGGAAUUCAGUUUGGAGAAGCCACGCUAUCCCACGGAUUCGUUUCUGGGCAGAUACCUCAACUAUGUUGAUCUUAUCGACCCACGCACGCUGUUUGCUUCAAAUGUAAAGUUUUUAAUUUUUUUUACAAAAUUUAAAAAAAAAGAAGUCAUUUCCUUGAAAAUUAGCUUUAAAUUUUAAAGCCUUAGCCCUAAUUUUGAAUAAAAAUGGUGUCUAUAUUAUAGCUGAAGGGUAGGCGAAGAAAAGGAAAUAUUAGUAUGUAUGUAGAAAGGUAGAAGGGUAAAAAUGGUCUUCUUACUAAUAAGAUUCGAUAAACUCUUAACCAUUUUUAGCAAAUCAACAAGGGUAAAAACUUUAAGUUUUUUUUCUUAAGACUGAUCUUUGCUUUUCUACCUAUUUUUUCGUCAAAAAGUCGUUUUUUUUAUCAAUUCAACAAAAAUAAUCAUGGAUCUUAAAAAGAAACAAUUGGCGUCUCGGACGCUAUGCAAUCUUUGGUUUUUAGGCCGAAAGAUCAUGAUUGAACACGUUGAAACACGUGGGAUUCGGGUUGGCAUUUUUAGAAAAAUCACGUAUUGGAUCUUACGUUGAAUUCAAUAGUUGGUAUAGUUAUAUUCAGUAGUGGCUGAACUUGAAAAAUGUAAAAACACUCAAUAAAGAACACACCGUUUAUUAGGUCUCCAAUUUGAGCCUAGAGCUAAAAGUCAAAAAUGGAAAAAUUUUUUUUUUGUUUAGCAAAACGUAAUUUUAGGCCAAACUGGAAGACGCAAAAAAGCUAUUAGAAGAUUACAAACAAGGCAAGUCACCAGAUGUGUCAGAUAAAGAGCUAUGGCAAGCUUCCAAACUUGUCUCAUCAACGUUUCAUCCAGAUACGGGAGAGAAGAUACUGCCUCCCUUUCGUAUGAGCGGUUAUGUACCAUUUGGAUGGGUUACUGUAAGUUUUUUAGUAGAAUUAGAUGAAUCACAGUAAGUUUUUACAAAAACAUUAACUAUCUCUUUAUAUCCCUGUCUUCUUCAUCCACUCUUCUCUACCCUACCCUACACUACCUUACUCUACCAGUUCUUACCAUACCCUAUUCUACCACAAUUACUCUACCAUAAAUUUAACCUACCUGAAACUAGAUUUUACUAAGAAAACGUAUAUUAUAUUAUAUUAAACUCAAUGUAUUAAUUUAGGUGACUGGUAUGCUGCUACCCAACCCAUCAUGGGGGUCGAUAUUGUUCUGGCAAUGGGCAAAUCAGUCGCAUAACGCUUGCGUUAACUAUGCCAACAGAAACGCCUCAAACGUACGGUUUUAAUUUAUAUGGCUAGUACCAAGGGCCAAUUAUACAUUACCUUUGUCUAUUAGGAUGGCCUAAGUUAUUUUACCUAUACUAGCCCAAUUUUAGCCCCAACCCCUGUCAGUAUAUGGCAAAGCUUAUUUAUCAGCUGUCGGAGCGGCUAUGUCAAUUUCAGCCGGCUUAACCUACGUUAUUAAAAGUUUGAAGUCAAUUACACCAACUCAACGUUUGAUUAUUCAAAGAUUCGUUCCUUUGCCAGCUACAUCGUUAGCUUCGACACUGAAUGUGUUGUGUAUGAGAAUGCCUGAGAUUAACAAAGGAAUCGACGUGCUGGAUUCUGAAGGCAAAGUGGUUGGGGUUUCCCGUGAGGCUGCCAAAAAGGUAAUUUUUCAAUUUAAAAUUCGUAUUUUAUGUUUUUGAGUUUCUCUUUAUAGCGAGCAUUGCUUGAACCGAUUUUAUCAUUACAGGCAGUAAAAGAAACAGCAAUGACCAGAGCCUUCUUGCCAGUCCCACUACUGUUGAUACCUCCUUGUAUUAUGCCAUUUAUCGAAAAGUGAGUUUUCAAAUUGAAAAAGAGCAGUUAUGGUUUAAAGACCGUAGUUUAUACGUUAAUAUUUCUAUAUUGUUACCUACAGUAUAGUUCCUGGCCGUAAGGGAAAUCAAAAAAUUCUUAUUGAACCAUUUUAGACAAUUUUUAAUUUUACAGUAGGUAUACUGUAACUUACUACAGAGGUGACCUAUUCAGUGGGGUGACCUAUUCCUGUGGGUGACCUAUUCCCGGGUGACGAUCCCCUUGGUUGGCUCGUUUCUAAGCGUCUAUAUCAUUUAAAAAUUUGUCCAAAUGAGAAAAAAAUGUUAUUUAAAAUUCCUAUUCCUAUUAAAGGACUACAAUUUUAGAUACAAAUUUGUGCAAAACAGCGCGACCCGACAUCUUCUAGUCAACGCCAUCGUCUGUACGUUGAGUUUCGGGUUCAGUUUGCCAAUAGCAUUGGCUUUAUUCCCACAAACGUCGACAAUACAGCGAGAACAACUUGAGGAUCACAUCCAAUCCGCCACUAAACAACAGAUAUUGUACUUUAACAAAGGACUUUGA